AUGCCUUGUUCCUGUGGGAACUGGAGAAGAUGGAUUCGGCCGCUGGUUGUCGUGCUGUAUAUUUUGUUGCUAUUAGUCGUCCUACCCCUUUGCAUCUGGGAACUGCAGAAGUCAGGGGUUGGCAUUCAUAAUAAAGCAUGGUUCAUCGCUGGGAUAUUUGUCUUCAUGACCAUACCCAUAUCAUUAUGGGGCAUCCUCCAGCAUCUGGUUCACUACACUCAGCCAGAGCUUCAGAAGCCUAUCAUCAGGAUAUUAUGGAUGGUCCCAAUCUACAGCUUGGACAGUUGGAUUGCAUUAAAGUACCCAAGUAUAGCAAUUUAUGUGGACACAUGCAGAGAGUGCUAUGAGGCCUAUGUCAUCUACAACUUCAUGACCUUCUUGCUGAACUACCUGGAGAACCAGUACCCCAGCCUGGUGUCGAUGCUGGAGGCCCAGGAGCAGCAGAAACACCUGCCCCCUCUCUGCUGCUGUCCGCCCUGGCCAAUGGGAGAGGUUUUACUGUUAAGAUGCAAACUGGGAGUGUUGCAGUACACCGUUGUAAGACCCGUCACAACAGUGAUUGCCUUGAUCUGUCAGCUGUGUGGAGUGUAUGAUGAAGGCAAUUUUAGUUCAACAAAUGCAUGGACGUACCUGGUCAUCUUCAACAAUAUGUCACAGCUGUUUGCCAUGUACUGCCUGGUGCUGUUCUACAGGGCUCUGAGAGAAGAACUCAGUCCAAUCAAGCCAGUGGGCAAAUUCCUAUGUGUCAAAAUGGUGGUUUUCGUCUCUUUCUGGCAAGCUGUGUUCAUUGCUUUGCUGGUGAAAGUGGGCAUUAUCUCAGAGGCUCGUACAUGGGACUGGCAAAGUGUGGAGGCUGUAGCUACUGGCUUACAGGAUUUCAUCAUCUGUGUGGAGAUGUUUCUGGCAGCCAUUGCCCAUCACUUCAGUUUCACCUACAAGCCUUACAUCCAGGAGGGUGAGGAGAGUUCUUGCUUUGACUCUUUCAUGGCAAUGUGGGACGUCUCUGAUGUCAGAGCAGACAUUUCUGAACAAGUCCGCAAUGUUGGGAGAACGGUUAUGGGUCGUCCGAGGAAGUCCUACUUCGGCGAGGAGCAGGAUAACGGUGAGCGAUCUGGCCUGCUCUCUUCGGGCUCCCAAGAUGCAAUCACAGAGGCGGCAUCCAACCCUGUGUCUCCCAAUGGUCAAUACCAGGGCCUGGGCAGAACCCUCACGCCGCACUCUCUGUCGGCCCCCGCCGGGCUCAGCUCGGCCCCGUGGGAUGAAGGAUAUGAGGCUGGACCUGAAGAAACCCAGGAAGAGGAAAGCACCAGCCAAACUAAAGAGCCGACAGAAGCAGAUCUCAUCGUGAUCACCUAGCCCAUCGUUAAGGCCGAUGUCACCAACAGACUCUACCAGACACGGUUGGGCAGGACCCAAUUACAGCCUUGCCAGUUUCCUUCAGACUUAUACAACAUUAAAUAAACUGUCGUUUUAAGGGCACAUCAACCACGUAAUAGUAGAAGUUUGCCAACAAAUGCAAAACCAGAUGGACCUCUCUGCAAGUGACAGCUCCAAGAAUGUUCAGUGAAGUUAUGGUACCGAAUGACUCGUUGAUAACGUGCAUUUUAUGCAGUUUUGGUUGUACUUAUAUGGCACAGUAGGGUCUGCAGAAGGGUUUUAGAUUCAUUGUUACUGGAAAAGGUUUCCCGUCAAUUUUAACGUACGUCCCAAAGAGCACACUUAGUUUCUUGAGCUGAGACGUCACAUCGACACCUCCCCUGAAGUAAAGCUUACUUGUGUGUCCUUUCCAAAUAGGAAAUUGUCAUUUUUUUUUGUGUCAUAUCAUGUGUUCAGAUGUGACCGUUGGAUGAUUAAGAGAAAUAUGCAACUUUACAAAGAGAAAUGCUGUAUAGUGAUUUCAGAGGACGUUGAUUGGAAUGAGUAAUCAUACAUGAAAAUCUACCACACUGAAGCACAUUAGAUUUACAGAAUCAUGUAUUUUUCUUUUGCCCUAGAAGGUUUUUAUCCCUGAGGGACGAAAAGAGCAGAAGCAACACAUUUUGUGCUCGCACAGUUGGGACUAAUCUGUUUGAGUGCAGGGACGAGUGCUGAGUGUGUCCUGACGGCGUGACAUCGAUACAGAAUCAACUUAAUAUGAUGAUGUGUAUGACACAAUUUAGUCAGUUACAAUCAGCACAUUGUAGUAAAUCCCUAACGAUGCUUCACUUUACUUGUUUAUGUAUCACUAGUUUUCUCAGAUGCCUUGUUCUAUGUGCCGUGGAUCUAGUCUAUCCACGACAUCAAGUUAGCCUUUAUAUCCCAGGAUCCAUUUUAUUUGAUGUUCCCUACUCAUUUUUCAGCUUCAGCACCCAGGCCAUUUGCUUUCUCCCCCCCCCCCCCCCCCAUAGAUUUUCCGAGCUCUUUUGUGAUUUACGUGGUUUUGUGGAGGGAUAUUUGCAUAUUUAAUGUAGUGUAGGAGAUCUGUUUGUAUCAGGAAGAAAAACAAGCGUAUCAAAUCAACAGCAUAAUCUGCAUCAUGUCCCUGUCCCUAACCCUGACUACAACACAUUGCCUUAUGAGUUUAUUGUUUUUAAAUCAAACUGACAAGAUCACAGAGUAAUGGUUCAGAAGUGAAUGGUGCCACAGUUUAAUAUAAUUCCAUCUCUGACACUCUUCAAUAAACGAGAUUAACUACA